ACCCGACUCAAAAACGGUCCAAUUCUCCUCUCUCGUCCCGCCUGUACAUGGAGCAGGCUUCGACCUCCUCAGGCGGUCAAUCCCACCCAUUUGCCUCGGCUGACCUAUCAACUAUCCAGACCGACGAAUUUGUGUCCAACACUUCAGAUCAUUCAGACUCGGACAGCGACUCUGUACAACUGGAACUGGAACACGAACAACGACAAGCAGAGAAAUCAGACGAUGAACCAGGACCUCCUCCCUUCCCCCUACUGAACCCAUUCUUGUUUCCGGGCGUCAGAGCUCCUAUCGAGGCCUACAGGGAGAUGACCCUGGCUUGCCGUUUCAUUCCCACUGACCAAUGGCUGACCACGCGAGUCGACCGCGCUUGGACCGUAGGCCAAGUCAAGCUCCACAUGCUGACAAAAAUAUGGGGAGGCCGUCGAUAUCAGCUCUCUCUUUCGCAUACAUUACGGCGACCCAAACGGUCCUUCUCACAGAGCCAGAGCCAACAGCCUGGCCACGAGCUCGUCGGACUGACCUCCUUUUCGAGCUCCAAUUACUCCUCGGUCGUAUUCGCACCAAGUAUGAUGAGUGAAGGAAUUAAAUCUACCUUCACCUUCGAUAAUACCAUCAACGGUUCGGUCCCCUCUCUAGCGCAAACGAUCCCUCCGGAUACACCCGAUGGUGGCCCAGGUGAUAAUUCCGCAAUCGGUGGGGUCGCGUCCUCGAACCACAAUAGUGCUGCGACUAACGGUCUUGGCCGCAUUUUAGGGAUUAAUGGUGGUGGUAGUAAUGCACCCGGUAGUAGUGGAGCUGCUGCAGAAGUUUUACUGGCUAGCCCCGGAAAGCGAAGCAGACGAAGCAUGUCAACCGAAGGGCUGAGAGGGCGAUCCACCAGUUCCUCCAGUUCCCGACGACAACGCAGUCAGUCUAUUGGUGGUAGUGGAAAAGUGACCUCAAGCGGCGGGA